AUGAUUCCACCUGGAGAUUGCAUGUAUGCGGGGAGGAAGAGAAGAAAGCCCAUUCAGAAACAGAAACCAGCAGGGGUGAGUCAGAAAUCAAACCCCUCCAAGAGACACCGUGACCGUCUGAAUGCGGAGCUGGACCGACUGGCUAGUCUGCUGCCAUUCACCCCUGAUGUCAUCUCCAAACUGGACAAACUGUCAGUGCUGCGCCUUAGUGUCAGCUACCUCCGCGUCAAAAGCUUCUUCCAAGCCAUUCAGGAGAGGCCAGGCAGAAAGCAUAACACCGAACCAACCAUUCCCAACCCAGAGCCCAGAAAAGAAGACCUGACACCGGGCAAUAAAGUGGUGGAGAGCGACCUCUUACUGGAGUCCCUGCCUGGAUUUCCACUGGUGGUGAGCACAGAUGGAAUCAUAUUCUAUGCUUCGCCCACCAUUGUUGACUAUUUGGGCUUCCAUCAGACGGAUGUGAUGCACCAGAAUGUCUUUGAUUAUAUCCAUGUGGAAGAACGGCAGGAGUUCAGAAGACAGCUUCAUUGGGCCAUGAACCCCAGCCAGCAGGAUACCCACACAGCGCCGGGAACUGGUGAGGACUUUGUGGUGGGCAGUCUGUACAGUGCUCAGGAGCCAGAUGGAGUCCUCCCAGAACUUUCCCCAUUCCUGACACGAUGCUUCAUCGCCAGAGUGCGCUGCCUGCUGGACAGCACCUCAGGCUUCCUGAGUAUGCAGUUUCAGGGUAGUCUGAAGUUCUUGCAGGGACAAAAGAGGAAGAGUGAGACUGGAGGCCUCCUGCCACCCCAGAUGGCUCUCUUUUGUGUGGCUGUGCCUCUGAUGUUGCCCUCCAUGACUGAGCUAAAGAUGAAAAGUAUGAUGAUGAAGAGCAAGAACAAAGGCUUUGUAAGCAGUGAGAAGAGACACCGUGUUUCCAGAGGAAUAUGUGACAGCAGGGACCUUGUUCUGUUCAACUGGUCGGGCUCAUCGUCACGUGAUGCUUGCCACAACGGAUCCUGGGCGGCCCUCGCCAAAGAGGGCGCGAGGUACAAAGGAGACGACUGUUGCUCCUCUCAGGAUGAACCGCUCAACUUCUGUCUGUCCUCUGUGCGGGGCCAGAAGGCUCACGGCUUGGAAAACCCGUGGGACGUCCACUCUCCGCCCACCCUGAGGAUGGCACAGAGCGGCAGCUAUCCUCUUAGCAGGCCUGGCAGGUACGGCGACGGCGGUAAAAUCCAGACGUCUCCAGGUUGCCACAGCAACAGAGGCGAGGCUUCUCAGAGUAAGGCGUACGGGAGUGUCCACGACCCUGAACUGGAGAGCUACUGCGGGCAAGGGAAGGCGGAUGGUCAAUACAUGGCUCACAGUGAAUGUUACAAUGGCAUGCUGCUGUCUGAGACUGCCAUUAAGACUGAACAGGAUUCUGAUUCUGAAAAUGGCUGCAACUCAUACGGGGUGCCCCACAACGGCAUCUGGCUUAGCAACGAGAGGCGGUAUGGUCCAGCCUACCCUGUGGUACCACAGGUGAAGACAGAGGGAGAAUACUAUGACCCUUACAGCCUGUGCCAGAGGGCUAAAGCUGGAAUCAGCCCGCCAAUUAAUGGGUAUCACAAAUACCUCUAUGCAGGCAGCAGUAAGCCACUAAAAUGUGUCAUAAACAAAGACUUGACUCCUGCUGAUCCACUAGUCGGUAACCAGGACUCUGACUGUCUGGAUGGACACCUGUACACCAAUGGCUCUGUUGAUCACAAAGCUUACAUGCAACCAGACUAUAAAAUUGGUCAUGAGUUCAGGGGUCACAGUCUGGUGCACUGUAUAAAGAGAGAGCCUAUGGACUCUCCACCUUGGUCUGAUGACAUUAGUCAAAUACAGGCCCAAAGAAAUAUUAUGUCAAACUGCACAAUCAACACAAUUGUACAUAAAGCCAAUCCAUAUAUCUACAUGCAGUAA